UGGUCGCACCCUGGCCCUUAGUAAGGCUGUAGGUUCUAGAGACGUCACUCAUUCCUAGCUCCCUAUAAAAGGUGGGUCGCGAUCCUCGAGAAUCCCAUCCCACCAUGGCACAGGAACUCGUGCUCUACGAUAUCCCUACCGAUGGCAUCGGCGCCUUAUCCUCCAACACUUGGAAGACACGGUACGCGCUCAACUACAAGGGCAUCCCUUUCCGUACCGAAUGGAUCGAUAUGCCCGACAUCGCUUGCACUUGCAAGAAAAUUGGCGCGGCGCCCACCGCCCCUCCUGGUGGACCUCUGCCUGAGUACACCGUCCCCGUCAUCGUCGACCCCAGCACGGGCGCGGUCGUGUCCGACUCGAUACUCAUCGCGGCCUAUCUCGACAAGACCUACCCCGACCGCCCGCGCAUCCUGCCCGAGGGCACGACCGCCCUCCAGCGCAUCUUCGCCGACGACUUCGGCACGAGGGUCACGCAGCCGCUGAUCCAGUGGACGUCGCUGACCGCCAUGCGCGUGUUCACCAAGCGGACGGUGGACUAUAUUCGCCGCACGCGCGAGCCGCUGCUGGGGAUGUCCUUCGAGGCAUUCUUCACGCCGGAGCGUGCGGAGCAGGGGCGGAAGGCCGCGAUUGAGGGUUUGAAUCAUUUCGCGGAGGCGUUGGAGCAGCAGGAGAAGGCGACGAGGAAGACAAGCACGUUUGUUAUGGGCGACACGCCGUCGCAUGCGGAUUUUGUGGUGGCGGGGCAGUUGAUGUUCCUUCGGAAGGCGUUUAAGGACGGGUGGGAGGAGGUGCGGAAGCUCCAUGGUGGGCGGUGGUCCAGGCUCGUUGCUGCCCUUGUGGCGUGGGAGGGCGAAGACACGAAGCUCGUCGCUGCGCCCCCGUAAUCGCGAUUAGUUGUACAAGACCUAUCACCAUACUUUGGCUUGAUUCGGUGUAGAAAAGGGAUUAUAAGCGGUGCUUGCAUUUGGUAUAAAUGAAUGGGCUUUGAACUGGUAUACGAUCGACGGUUGCCACAAAUGCACUACUCGGCCUCCAGCCACUUCUGCCACCCGCUCAUGUCCCACCUCCGCACGAACUCGGCUUCUGAGAAGCGCGACAAGGCCGCCGUUCGUGCGCGCUC